AUGUCAUCCUCGAGCGCCUCGGGAACAGUGGGCCAGCUUGUUAAACCAGAGUACAGAAACUGGCUCGCUCUUGGACACGCCCUGAUAACAGAACUUUGUCAAGGUUUACGCCCUUUUAUCAACCUGCAGAUAGCUACUUUCUACCAGAAUUUAAAGGCGAGGCUUGCAAUGUAUGGACCCUGUAAGUGUGCAUUUGUUCCACGACGAACGCCAAAUCAGUACCAUGACAUGGGCACGUGUGCAUGGGCAAAUGUUCUUCAGGGUCAUCACACGCACAAACCAACUUGGAAGCAAAGUGAUGCUUCAAAAUGGCUGGAUCCUAUCCUUGGACCCUGGGAAAUAGCUAAGCUCUUUUUGCCUGAUGUGGGAGGACACGUUUUGAUAAAGAAAGCAGAAGACAUGGACAUUACAGGCAUCCUAAAUCUAAUGUACUUCUGCAAUCACUUUACCAUUCCUCAGCACUUGAUUAAAAAUGUACGUGAAAUCAGGAACACCAAGUGGGUACAUGUGCCUACACUGGAACUGAAUGAUACGGACAAAAAAGUUGCCUUUGACGCUAUUGAAGACUUGCUCAAAGAUCCUGGCUUUGCUCACGACAGCGAUGUUCAAAAAGCUCUCAAAGAAAUUGGCAACCUGAAAGGUAUUUCAGACCUACACAGUAUGGAAGCCCGAGUUUUGGCUGAUUUCAAAGAAGUGAUUGGAAAGGAAAUCUCAACUAUUAACAUGAAAUUAAUCAAUUUGGAGGAAGAAUCUCAAAAAAAUAAAGAAGAGCAAGAACAUCUCAAAGAGCAACAGGAAAUGCUAAAGAGAGCUCUGGCGGCGCAGCCUACUUUGACCGACGUAAAUCAGGAAAAGUACACAAAGAACUUCUUAUGGGAUGAAAUGGGUAGUUUUAUUGCCCUUGUUUUUGGAAAUUUGGCAGGAAACAUCAAGGGCAUAAGAAAACGAGACCUGACUUCACUGUUUAUACUAUUGUUUCUUUGUCAUUUAUACACUGUUUUGGAUGAUUCUUUCACCAGAGACGGUAAGUAGAACGUGGAAAGAGCAAAAACAACAGCAGCAGUCAGGGUUUCGUUUUUGGUUCGUCUCACGAUGUUCACUUGAAUAUUGAUCGCGACGCUUCGACCGUUUUCUACAAUUUAUACCAUAUGUCUUGAUCUCGCAAAUGGCUUUAAACUAAUCGACACAGGACGAGACAAAAAAAAUACUAACACCUACAAGAAAAACAAAACGUAUUAGUUGAACAACUUCACAGCUUUCACGAAAAAAUAGAAUAUAAAGGAGCGUCCGUUUCAUCGGUUGUUUCAAGAAAUGUCAGUUACUGAGAGAUUUUCACUAAACGGAGUGAAGUUCUUGAUACCAUGUGUGUGGCCGAAAAAAAUCUGUGGGCGAUAUGUCCUCUCUUGCACUAUAAAGAGAAGUCGAUAACAAUUGAAACAGGCCUGUGCACGAAGUAGAGAUCACGAGGUCGAGGCUAGCACCUGAACAAAUGGAGUAAUUAUUUUCUUUGGGAUCGAAUGCUUGUCCACCGCAGGGUAUUUCAGUACAUAUGGCGUUUAUUUAUGGAUAAAUUGGAUAUCAAUUUUAUAGAAUACCCCAAUGACUAGCAAAAUGUGUUAACACUAAACGAUGUAAUAAAAGAGACUUCGCCCCAUGUAAGGGAAUGCGGAUUCCGGAAUCUGGGAAAAUUUUACUUAUGGAAUCCGGAAUCCUGGGCUUUGGAAUCCGGAAUGCAGCUCAAGGAAACCGGAAUCCCACUAAAGAUUGGAAUCCUGAAUCCGAAUAAAUGACAAAUACUGGAAUCAAGUAACUAGAAUCCGGAAUCCACAGCGUGGAAUCCAGAAUCCAAGACUGUCUUCUAUUCCCUUACAUGGUGCGAGAGACUGAAAAAAAAAAAACAGGAUCAAUACUCACCCACAACACAAUUGCUUAUCAGCAAAAGCCCGUUUUAAUGCGACACCAAGAAAACACCCCAAAUUUUGUACUAGUUGAAGAUGUAUGUGGUAGUUCCUUAUGUUUGAUUAUUUCUUUUGCUUAAGCAUGAUUUCUGUUUUUAACUUUCAUGAUUAGGCUGUUCCAUCCGGGAGUAUGACGAUCCACUGGAGCUAAAAUAUUUUGACUUCAGUGAAUUCAUCAAUUCAUCUAAAACAGACUUUAUUGGUCGUCAGUGGCUCUACCACGAACUUGAACUUGUCUUAGAGGAUAUUAAUACGCGGGGCGUGUUGAUAACAGGAAAUCCAGGAACAGGAAAAUCUGCUUUUUUAAGCAACUUACUCUGUUCUGCAAAAUCCAGUCCUACUAUUCACAACAGAAUCCUUGGUUAUCAUUUUUGCAUGCAUUAUGACAGAGCAACGCAGGAUGGAACCAAGUUUGUCCGAAAUCUUGCAAAUAUGGUCGCUUGGAAAAUCAAAGAAUACCGAGAGCAUAUUCUGACAAACUCGUUUGUCCGUAGAGUGCUCUACAUUGAAUGUCCCAAAGAUCCAGAGUGGUGCUUUGACCAGGGCAUUCUUAGUCCGCUAAAAUCACUCAGUCUACAGCCAGGUAGCCCCUGGUACAUCAUCAUUGAUGCUUUGGAUGAAUGCUCAGAUGACAAAGGAGAUAUUUUGAACAUUUUGAGAUUGAAAGUUGGACGCCUUCCAAAGUGGAUGAAACUAAUCAUCAGUUCGCGUAAUGUAAGCAGUAUCACUACAAACCUACAGAAGCUUCAAAAAGUAGAGCUAAGAUCUGACGAUAAGAGAAAUAUUCAGGACAUUGACAAUUAUUUGUCUCUUAAGGUUUUUUCACUGAGAGAACCUAUCAUACAGAGGAUAACAACGGCUCUUGGAAUUACCGACAAUGACUCGCCUUCACAGAUAAUUGUUUCUAAGCUGGCUGAAAAAGGCCAGGGAAACUUCCUGUAUGUAAAGGUUGUGCUUGACUUGUGGCUUGCAUCAACAGAGAGCGUUAGCUGGGAGACAUUUCCCAAGACCCUCGAAAGUUCUUAUCAACUUUACUUUGAAACUAAGUUUCGAACACCAUCUUCGUUUCAGCCUUUGAGAAAAAUUUUUGAAGUCUUGGUUGCAGCCUAUACCCCGCUCACGGUCUAUGAUUUGCAUUCGUUGCUAAUACUUGAUCAACCGACUCUUGAUUUGGUAUACGAUUUACUACCAAAACUUGACCAAAUGUCUUUGUUCUUGUGGCAUGGAUCUGGAGACGGCCCGAUUAGAAUUCACCAUUCCUCUCUAUCCGAGUGGCUUACCAAUGAAAGCAAUCAGGGAAAGAUAUACUAUGUCCAGAAAGAAAAGGGCCACAACCUUCUUGCAAAGUACUACCUUAUGCGUGCUGAGAAAAGUCGUUCACCUCUUAAGCCUGAGGAAGCGUUUCACCUUGCCAACCACGUUGUCAAAGGGGGUUUUGCUAAAUUUCUAGUCCGACAGUUUCUAUCCCUUCCUUCGCAAUAUGUUAACACCACGGACCCUCUGACAAAAACAACUGCACUCCACUAUAGUUCAAGCUUGGUCAGUGCAGAUGUGACCAAGCUACUGGUGCAGCACUUCUCUGACGUUGAUUGCAUCGAUAACGACCAGAUUUCGCCUUCCUUUCUAGCGGCAGCUACGGGUCAUGUUGAUCAUCUGAUGGCCCUGUUCGAAAGAGGGGCCAACUUAAACCAAACGGCUGGCACUUACAUUGACCAUGAAAUUGCGUCGCAUUCCUAUGAUCCCGUCAUUGAAUGUAAACGAAAGAAAUGCAAGUAUUCGUUACUGCACACUGCAUCUCAAGAGGGAAAUAUCAACGUCGUCAAAUUUCUUAUUCAGCACAAAGUGAAUAUUUCGGCAAGAACAGGGACUAACAAUACCGCCAUACAGUUAGCCGCAGCUAAUGGACAUCUCGAGACCGUUAAGGUACUAAAGGAAGCUGGUGGCAUUUUAGAUGACAUCGCACUACACCACUCGGCUGCUGGUGGGCACAGAGAUGUUGUCCAGUUUUUAUUGAGGGAGGGAGUAAAAGACACUUGCAUCCCUAAUUCUCCAGCGUUUAUAUUUUUAAGUCGAGAGAACAAGGAAUCAGAAGCCCCAGAAAUAUACUUGUAUGAUAAUCGUCAUCUUUAUCUGCGUGAGACUGCACUUCAUGCAGCAGUCAGGAAAGGACACCUUUCCGUCAUUAAAGUACUGCUAAGAGAUUUGGACGAAAGUGCUAUAAACUGUACAAAUUCUGCAGGUAGACGCCCACAACACGAGGCUACUUAUUUAAACAACUAUAACGCAUUGGAAUUGCUGUUACAAUCUGGGGCAAAUGCCAAUGUUCCAUGCCAUCUUGUAGUAUCAUCAUCAAUGGAAUUUAAACCGUUCUUAACUGGUAAACUGGCUCAAAAUGUUUGUCCUUGUGGAUUUUCUCCUUUACAUAUCGCUGCCAUUUAUGGCUACUAUAGUAUAGCCGAGCUGCUUUUAAGGAACAAAGCGGAUGUAAAUGCGGGUGACUGCAAUGGCUCCACCCCGAUUCAUGUCGCCUCUUGCCAUGGUAUGACAGCUCUUGUGUUCCUUCUUGCCAAAAGUGGUUCAGACGUUAAUGCAACGAGCCUGAACGGUUCUACACCUCUUCACAGUGCAGCAACAUGUUUCGCAAAGGAUGUUUUUAAGCCUCUGUUAGACCUGGGUUGUGAUCCACUUGCUGUCGAUAAUGAGGGUAUGACACCAUUACACUAUGUCGUGAAAAACGUUGAUGUCGUAGGAAAUGAAUACUUGAUCGAUUGGUAUGUGCACGAACCUAAAAGUUGGAUAGAGAAUCCAGCUGGCACGUCCAAGCAAGAGACCCUGACCAAGUUAAGUAAAGAGUAUCCAUGGUUACGUGCAUUUAUUAAACUUGUCAAAUGCGUUGCUGCUACAGCAAGAAAAAGAAAAAGAGAUUUCUUAUUAAUGAAAGAUAAUCAAAAUCGAAGCGCUCUUGUACAACUAGAAAAAAAGACCAAUAUCUCACUUCUUCUCACAGGAAGCAGUGAAGCCGGAGAGAGCUCAUUCGUGUUUUCAUUAACUCCUGUUAAUUUUGCUUACGAUGUCACCAUCGGUGAAAAUAUUAAAAGACAAGUUGCAGCUUUAAACAAACCAUAUGAACAGGGCGUAAUUCCAAACUUUGUAAAGAAAUUCAUGGCUAAAACACUAACAUCUGCGUUCACAAAGUUAAAGUUGAACUGUUCGAGGUUGGUGAAUUACGUUGGACUUAAUCUAGUUUAUACCGCCAACAUUGCGUUGCAAGCUGGCUUGGAUGUAAACUGUCGAAAUUGGCUUGGAUUAAGUCCCCUUCUAACUUAUUUACAUACUGGUGGUCGGCAUAUGUCAAAAGUCUUAGUAAAACAUAACGUGGAGGUGGAAAUUAGAUGUGGGCGUCCUUUUGAUAUGUCCACUUUCCACCUAGUUUCCUACCAUAAAUUACAUUACUUGCACUAUGUUUAUGAGUUCUUAAUGGGAAGUGACAAUUGGCAGAAAUACUUGCAAACAGAAAAUGCAAUUUUUGACUAUUUCUUCGAUACAUACGAGGAUAGAAUCAACGACGGAAAGCUGGAGACUGUACGGGUUGGGAACGGACCUUUGACUGCAGCAAUUUUGUCACAUCCUAAUGGAAUCAAAGUUAUCGAUGAAUGCUUUGAUGCAGAGGGUUUUAACGCUUUUCACAGAGCAGCCCAAGGAGCAAAUUUGGUCGCUAUUCAAAAAUUUCUCUCGUGGGGAGCAAACCACUCUAUAGAAAAUGCCGACGGGUUUUCUUCGUUAUGGAUUUCAGUAUUAUAUGCUGUGAAAUAUAGGCCAUUCCUUAAUCUUGACCAACCCAGUUUACUUACAGCGCUCGAAGUGGAAAUUGCCUCAUUCUCAGCCUCGGCAAUUUUGAAUCACAUUCUCCAAAACGGAACAUUUGAUGUGGGCUGUAAUGGAAAUCGCUCAGAUCUUACCUUGUACCACAUUGCGGCUUCCCGUGGAAUGUGGCAGUUUAUUGCACAACUGUUAUCCACCAAUGGAGUGAAAGGCAUUGAUGUCAACUGUCCAAACAAAGAUGGGAUCACUCCCAUGUACUUGGCGAAAUUUAUUGGUGGCGAAUCUUGUGGAUGGUACAGUCCUUGGUGCAAAGUCGUUGACGUGAUAAAAAGCUAUGGCGGAACGCUUCGGUACCCUUCAACGAAAGCAGAAUACUUUCUCAUCUUUAAUGUAUUUUUUGGAAUGAACCCCAGUCAAACGCUAUUUCUUGAGCUAACUGAAGAUGAAAUCUUGGCCCUUCAGGAGAACGAGUGGCGUGAUGAGUGUCAGAGGUACACAAGCGAAGGUGACGUAGACCUCUUAAAAACAUCAGAUGAAGUCACUAAGGUCCAUUAUGAUUAUCAAGAUAAGGUGGACAAAUGUUUUAGCGUCGUUAAAGAAUGUCCAGCAACUAUAAAGAAAGAAUUGCCUCAUUUUUCAUUCGUUGUGUUCAUUUUUGGCCAACAGCUGGCCGUUAAAUUAAGUUUUAUUCUCGUUCGAGACUCUUUCGUGGCUUUUCUGGACAGAGGAAUCGAAGGAAUGAAAGAACUUUUGUUAACCGCCACCCGCCCUCAUGCAGAAAUACCCUGCAAAUAUGAUCCAGAUAACAAAAACAUGGAAUCAGAUCUACCUCGAAUCGACCUCUGUUGUCCGUUCUGCGAUAAGCAAGACUUGGAAACCUCAGUUCACGAGCUUUUUCGCCGUUACAAAGUUAAUUUCAACUUAGUCAAAGAAGGUUCAGAUGAAGUGAAAUUGUAUAUGGUAUCUGGUGGGAGGCUUCCACGCUUUUUAGUAAGGAUGAACCAGGCGUUGCACAGUUACGAUACAACGUUGAACUGUGACUGGCGGUCAAUUGCCAUCAAGUACGCAGUACUUAGUUUCCAGGUUGGUACCCUGAAAUAUUGGCUUUAUGCCAUUCACGAAACGUUAACAGUACCAAGUGUUUCAGAUUUUCUGUCAGACAGGAUGAAAAAUAUUUUAUUUCAACCAUCUGAGGAUUUGCUAAAACUCAUUCUUGAGCUAGCGUCGAAACUGCCAUCUGAAGAGUUUAGCUAUCUUAAAGUGCUGAGAUUUACGAAGCCGCCAAUGUGGCGCGGCACGUUUGCCAGAGGUAACUUUGGAUAA